GCGAUAAAGCAUUGAUAUGGCUACUGUAAAGUUCGGAAAGAAUAACCAAUGCAAAGACAAAGAAAACCAUACUGGAUAGUGGAUAGGGGUUACAUGUGUGCAUUGACGCUCAGCGUCGUCCACCGAUGCGGAUCCAGUAUGCGUCUAUGAGUGAUUGACUGGAGUAGUAGCCUGGUAUAAGCUCAGGGUUCUUCCUUCCAGAAUAAGGACAUACUUAUCAUGAAGCGCCUGAUAAUCAUUGCUCAAGCGCUCAAGCGCCUAAGAAGCAUGUCCAAGUUGGGAACAGAUCAACUACAGGCGCCAGGAGGCUUUAAUUCGGAACGCGCCAGUUUCUCCUUAUCACAUCUUAUAAGAUGCUUUCCCUGCAGCGCCAAAGCAAACCAACACCUACUCUCAUUGUAUGAUGUCUUCCCAAAAACCAGAAGGAGCUGCCUCUAGGUCCAUUACGGACGUUUCUAAAGAACAAAAAUUGAAACGUAGUGGCAGUGGCAGUGGCAGUGACGACCAAACAUCCGGUUCCGACUUAGAAUCAGACUCGUUUGGCUCCUGUAGCGAUCGAGCACAAACCAGCCGCAACGCCUAUCGUCGUCGUGGUCCAAACAAUAGAACAAAGGCAGCUGCACCAAAGCCACCUGCACCAAAGCCACCCAACAAAGGGAAGCAAGAGAGAGCUCUGCCCCACAGCCACAGACCCCAGCAGUCCAACCAGGCACCCCUAGUAAGAAACGGAGGACAUACUCUACAUUCAAUCCUAAAACUUGAGUCAUCAUGAUAUUUUUUGGGAAUUUGUGUACGACCAAAGAUCGAUUCGAUGCAGUGUACUUAUAAUUGUUGUACUCGAGUUUUUAUUUAAGAGGAGAGUUGAGGCUAUAUCUU